AUGGCGCACCGGACUCCCAUAGAAAGUGUUCAGUAUGGAGCUGACGUUACAACGAUAAUCCUGGCAGUAACUUGCGGAGGAAAUACGGGUGAUGUGUUCAUAAGUGUGACGCCAGUGAAUGAAUUUCCUCCACUAUUUAUAGACAGUCCUUACAAUAUAUCAUUACCAGAGUCCACGCGGGUUGACACUGUGGUAUACAAACUGAAGCCCAAGAUUGUCGAUAACGAUGUGGGAGGCGUUCAAAGUUUUUAUUUCCAAAUUCAUCCAUACAGUAUUGUUGACUACGACGGUUCCGCCUUUUUUAAUAUUCCUGUUUCUUCAACAGGAAACAUUACACUAAAAAAGGCGCUUGAUUUUGAAACAAAGGCAAAGGAUACCCGAAUCCUGAACCUUAGUGUAGCGGAUGGCCAAUCAGCGGAAGCAAAAACAACCCUAACCAUAUUACAAAUAUAUAUAAAAGAUGAAGACGACCAAGUACCGUAUUUCGAGUAUCCCAAUUGUCCAGCGCCUUGUAUAGUACCUGCAUUUGUGUCUGUUACGCGUUUGGCAUAUACGGGUCCGUUGGAGAUCGCACCACCACUGAAGGGAAAAGAUGAUGAUACUCUUGGGACUUCUUUACUUUAUUCUAUAAGGUCUGGUAACAAGAAUAAUUUAUUUACCAUGGACCCGAGCACAGGUGCUAUCACGCAAACAACUUCUGUUGCUGCAGCUAAUCUACCGGACACAGAGUUUAGGCUCGUUAUUGAGGUGAGAAAAGACAUACAAAGCAUUGACUUGUCAUCCGUUGCCGUCCUGACUGUGAAAGUAUGGGAACGUUUGCAAAAUGACCAAAACUAUCAAGGAAAUCAAUCAACAAGUGACCACAGUAGCGGGCAAAAUGAUGUAUCCGCCUUUAAAACAGCUGUUAUUAUUCUUGCCGUAGCUCUUGCAAUUGUUACAUGUACUACAGUUCUUGUUGUUGUGAUUGUAAUGUUCAUGUAUCUUCGCAAGGCAAAGAAGCAAACGGGCACAGAACUGAACAGCAAUUACCAAGAGCUGUCUCCUCGUCACUUGCGGAAUGACGGUGUUUAUUCCUGA